UUUUCUUCAGGUUCGGAGUCCUUGUCCGGUUGCCGUGCCGUUAGUGUCCUGUGAUUAUCCUAGAUUAAAUUUCCAGUAAAAUAAUCUCAAAACAACUGCUGCGAACAAUGGCUGCUAAAUACCGUAUUGUGAUGGUCCGUCACGGUGAAUCCGAGUGGAAUCAGAAGAAUCUGUUCUGCGGCUGGUACGAUGCCAAUCUUAGCGAAAAGGGUAAGGAAGAGGCCCUGGCCGCAGGAAAGGCUGUCAAGGAGGGCGGAUUGAAAUUCGACGUUGCCCAUACUUCUCUUCUGACCCGUGCUCAGGUCACCUUGAACUCCAUCCUGACCGAAUCGGGUCAAGCUGGAAUUCCCAUUGAAAAGACAUGGCGUCUUAACGAACGCCACUACGGUGGACUGACUGGAUUGAACAAAUCCGAAACUGCUGCCAAGUACGGUGAAGAGCAGGUUCUGAUCUGGCGUCGUAGCUUCGAUGUCCCACCACCAAAUAUGGAACCGGAACAUGCUUAUUACAAUGCCAUCGUCAAGGACGAGCGUUACAAGGGUGAUCCAAAGCCGGAGGAAUUCCCAAUGGCUGAAUCGCUGAAGCUGACCAUCGCUCGUACACUGCCAUACUGGAACGACGUUAUCAUUCCUCAACUCAAGGCCGGCAAAAAUAUCAUCAUUGCUGCCCACGGCAACAGCUUGCGCGGUAUUGUGAAGCAUCUGGACCAGAUGACCGACGAAGCUAUCAUGGGUCUGAACUUGCCCACUGGCAUUCCGUUCGUGUACGAACUGGAUGAAAAUAUGAAGCCCGUUGUCUCGAUGAAGUUCCUUGGCGACGAAGAAACCGUUCGCAAGGCCAUCGAAUCCGUUGCAAACCAGGGUAAGGCUAAGUAAAUCAGAAGUGUAUGUUGGUGUUUUACUAGGUUAAUGGUACCGACUAUUAAAUUAUUAAACAAAAAUUAGUUCAGUAAUGUAACAGUAUCCAGUACUAA